AGGUGUAGCUUUACAUGGCUCAAAGGGUGUGGAGUCUCCCCUGUUUCCUCGCAAGCUGACAAGACAGGACAUGCAAACCUAGAGAGUGUUCAUGUGUCUGUGCGUGUGUGUGUGUGUGUGUGUGCUUCAUGACGUAGCAGCUGCUGGAUCUGGUUUGGCAGGAUUUCUGAGGACAUGGAGAGAGAGGCAGAGGCAGGCAAGAGAAAGCAGCCAAGGAGUGGAGAAGAGUUUUCCCCUUCGCUCAGUAACUUCCCUGCUGUCUUUUAUUGAUCUUCUCCUGCUGGUGUGGACUCGAGCGUCUGACAGAGGCUUCAGCAUCAGGAUGUUCGCAAUUCAGAUGGCAUGAGUGAUUUGCAUGCAAGCCCAUGCGUGUAUUUGAGUCUGCGACUUGUUGGCUUGAGCAAGGUGUGGCUCAUCCCCACCAACAGCAAGGGGCACUUCAGUGAUUUUCCCAGGCCGGCACAGCAGCAGGGAUGAACUGGUCGGGGCUGGAGAGUCUGUUGAGUGGAGUCAAUAAGUACUCCACGGCGUUCGGGAGGAUCUGGCUGUCCAUGGUGUUUGUCUUCCGUGUGAUGGUGUUUGUGGUGGCGGCGCAGAGAGUGUGGGGCGACGAGAGCAAAGACUUUGUGUGCAAUACCCGGCAGCCUGGAUGUACCAACAUCUGCUACGACCACAUCUUCCCCAUCUCCCACAUCCGCCUGUGGGCGCUGCAGCUCAUCUUCGUCACCUGCCCGUCGCUGCUGGUAAUGGCCCAUGUUAAAUUCCGCGAGGGGAAGGACAGGAAAUAUGUGGAGCUGCAUCAAGGGUCCCACCUGUACGCCAACCCCGGCAAGAAGAGAGGGGGCCUGUGGUGGACGUAUCUCCUGAGUCUGGUCUUCAAAGCGGGAUUCGACACUGCGUUUCUCUACAUACUGUAUCGGAUUUACCAUGGAUAUGACCUGCCCAGACUCUCCAAAUGUUCACUGGAGCCCUGCCCCAACACCGUCGACUGCUUCAUCAGCCGGCCCACGGAGAAGAAGAUCUUCAUGCUGUUCAUGGUGGUGUCCAGCGCCCUGUGCAUCUUCAUGUGCAUCUGCGAGAUGAUUUACCUCAUCGGCAAACGCAUCGCCAAACUGGUCAAGGUCCGGCACGAGAACGAGAGGGUCAUGUUCGCCGACCAGCACGAGCUGACCGAGAUCGCGCCGCCCAGGUCCCAGUAUCGGAGAACUGAUCCGACCCUGGGCAGCCAGGUGAGCUUAAACAAGAAGGAGAAAAUUAAAGAGGGCACCGUGACGACGACGCUUUAGGACCUACUGAAUCGGUGCGAUCGCACAAGCAGGAACACAACCUGGAUAAUAAGACUAAUGACACUCUCGAAAGGGUUGUUUCUGCGUGAGGAGACACUCUGACGCAGCUAAAUACGAAACUUCCUCGAUUCCUGUCUUGGAUGUACUGGCCAGGAGGUUUAGUACGACGCUGUCUGAGAUCAAGACUACUGCUCCUCACCAUAUCGCAGACUGACCAGGACAGACGUUCACGUUCUCGGGCCUCCGUCUGCAUCUGAUGGGGAUAACUAUCAAGAUCGUUUUACAUAAAUGUUCCAUCUUCUUGUAUAUAUUGCAGUUGAUAUUUUUAGCGUAUUUGUUUUAUAUGGAGCCAAAAUGGGGCUGCAACUGACAUGAACUGAAGCACCGCUUUAAACUUUAUCGUUGAGCUCUCAUAAGGCUUUACUGUGCAUUACUGUACAUUCUACAUCUAGUUUUAAUUUACUGUACUUAAGCUAAAUAACACAGAACUCAAGGAGUCAAUGAGGUGGGUCUGCAGCUGAAGCUGAUCCCUUUUUAUGACCUUUUUGGUAUGAUCUCAAUUCUUACCAGAAAUGCUGACGGUCAGCUUAAUGGGGCAGUUUUUAAAUAUUUAAUAUGUGGGGAUGGUGACACUUUAGGUUAGAACCUUUGAGUGAAAUAAAAAUCUUUAGCAUACGUCUUUUUGUAGAAAUGUGGGUCACAAUCUGGGGUCUGAGACCCUCUCAUGUGGGAGAGCAGAAGAGCUAAAGCUUUUCAAAGACUGUCAAAAGUAAAUUGGCACAUGUCAAAUAAAAGUAAUAAAAUCUAUGGAAUUACAAGCAGCCUGGAAGCAACUCCAGCUUUUGUAAGGUAUGAUGUGUGUGUGUGUGAGGAUGUGUCUGCAAAAGUUUUUGGUUUUCCAAACUAUUACAUUGAUCAUUGAGGUAAUCUAGACCAGCAGCUCCAGGAAAGCCUUUAUAGGAAGCCACUGGAUUUGACACCAGGAUGGAGAGGUUUUUGUGUGGAGUGUUCUCCCUCCACAUGUAUGUGUUUUUUUUGUUUUUUUUUUUUACAGAUAUAUCAGGUUCCUCAGACAAAAUGAACAUUAAUGAGUUAUUAAAAUGAUUGUUUACUCUAAGUUUCAGUGUGAGUGUGAUUUUUUUUUGUGCUGGACUGUGAGCCUUCAUAACUAACUUGUUUCAAAUGCAUAUAGAAUAAUAUAUUUCUUGUUUUUUUAAAUUGUCUAAUAUUGUACGAGAUAGAUUAGUGUAGAUUGCAUCAAACAAACACUCAAGUUCAAGCACUAACUGGAGAUUGCAACAAACCUGGCACCAUGAAAUUAAAACAAAUUAAAUGUUAGCAAAUGUACAUCUACUGUGAAUGAUCCAGUGGUUUCCUCAAAAAGACGCUGUUGUUAAUCAUUGCAGUAUUGUACUGAAUGUGCUUGUAAAA